CCGUUCUUUUCUUCGUGCUGCUGGGUUCUUGUAUCAUGAGAGGCAGGUAAUGCAGCACUGGAUACACAGAGCUGUCAUCUCAGGCCAUGUUUAACUGUUGCUCCUUGACUGACUGACUAAGUGAACAGGCCUUUUUUUAUACUGGGGGAUGCUCUUCUUCCGUUGGGACCAUGUGCAUUGGCUGAAGUAAAGGCAGGGGAGACAUAGGACACUAAGCAUGGAUGACAACGAUAAACCCCCAGCGCCCCCUGUGAGGCUUACGAGUGCAAGUAAUGUGCGUGGCACUGGCGUGGCUCCCAGCCCCGUGCUUCGAGACUCCUCAGCGGUGCCAGUGGACAUGCGGCCCCUUCCAAAAGAGCCAGACUCUGAGGAGCGGAAGAAAGGAAAACACAAGACUCCAAAAAGUGCCAAAAAGGACAAGAAGGAAUUGGAGAAACCCAUCAUCUCACCGCCCACCAACUUCGAGCAUACGGUGCAUGUCGGCUUUGACGCUGUCACUGGAGAAUUCACGGGCAUGCCGGAGUCGUGGGCUAGGCUGCUGCAGAACUCCAACAUCACCAAGUCGGAACAAAAGAAAAAUCCGCAAGCCGUUCUCGAUGUUCUCAAUUGGUAUGACGCUUCCACGAAGGACAAGGGUGCUUCUAAGUAUAUGACGAUGAACAGAACCCUUGCCGAGCUAGUCGAGCUAUGGCAAAUAUCACAUCCCUCUCCAAGGCCCAGCUACCUGGGUGACAAGUACGCCCUCACGACGACGGUGAUUGGUUCUUCAACCUCCGAGGACAGCAUUUCAGAGCCGGAAAAUGCUCCAAAGUUUCUCGCCCCCCACACUGAGCCUCCUCCCAGGAGGCAUGUGUCAGAAAAACUCAUCUAUAAGGAGCCGCCGUCUUCCCCAGAGGAAGAGGAUGAAGAGCCCGGACCUCCGCCACCUAUUGCAACAAGGCCGGACAAAACAAAAUCUAUUUAUACAAAACCUAUCGAAGAAGAUAAUAAAAAUGGUGCAUUUGGUUAUGACAUGAGGGAUAUUGCAAACAACAACAGUGCUCCAGGAGGAGGCGGUGGAUUGCCUGUCACUCGCGCGCGGAAGAAGAAAAUGUCGGACGAGGAGAUAAUGGAAAAGUUGCGCAGCAUAGUGUCGAUUGGCGACCCCAACCGUAAAUACACCAAGAUGGAAAAGAUUGGGCAAGGAGCUUCAGGGACAGUGUAUACUGCAAUCGAGACAUCGACGGGCAUGGAAGUAGCCAUUAAGCAGAUGAACCUGUCGCAGCAACCGAAAAAGGAGCUCAUCAUCAAUGAAAUACUUGUGAUGCGUGAGAACAAGCACCCUAAUGUAGUUAACUAUCUCGAUAGUUACCUAGUUGGAGAGGAACUCUGGGUUGUCAUGGAAUAUCUAGCAGGGGGAUCCCUAACCGACGUAGUCACGGAAACCUGCAUGGACGAGGGUCAGAUAGCUGCUGUUUGUAGGGAGGUACUUCAAGCCCUUGAGUUCCUGCACUACAAUCACGUUAUCCACAGAGACAUCAAAAGUGAUAACAUUCUGUUGGGCAUGGAUGGCAGCGUGAAGCUAACGGAUUUUGGCUUCUGCGCGCAAAUAUCCCCGGAGCAGAACAAGCGUACCACCAUGGUGGGCACACCGUAUUGGAUGGCUCCAGAAGUGGUGACGAGGAAACAGUACGGCCCCAAGGUUGACAUCUGGUCCCUAGGCGUAAUGGCCAUCGAGAUGAUCGAAGGGGAGCCGCCAUAUUUGAACGAGAACCCUCUAAGGGCGUUGUAUCUAAUAGCAACCAAUGGAAAGCCGGAAAUAAAGGACCGAGACAAGCUCACACCCGUUUUCCAAGACAUGCUGGACAGAUGUCUCGAAGUGGACGUCGAUAAACGAUAUGCAGCUUCCGAAUUACUAAAGCAUCCUUUCAUGAAGCUUGCGAGGCCGCUGACAAGCCUUCACCCUCUCAUCGUCGCUGCGAAGGAAGCUGCCAAGAGCCACUGAAGCAUCUAUCCAGUGCACCCUAGUGCACUUUCAAUACAUGCAACAUGCAACAUGCGAAACAGGAAGCGCGACGCAGCGAUGUGCAAUGGGUAAGGGGUGCAGCGAGUUUUAGCCCUUUGCCCCUCAAUGCGUCAGCAGAGAGCAGCUGCGGGAUACGAACAGGAAAGUGUGUGCAGACUGUCUGAGGUGUUAUUUAUUUUACGAAGCUCGUGGGAAAGACGCUGUACUGCUCGUGGUGCCGAACAGUUUUUCGUGACAUCCGGGACCGGUGUCGUCUCGUAGCAGCUUUUGAAGGGUAGUAGUCUUUGGUCUUGCGGGAAUGCUAUUUUGGUGCCCGGUGCAGCGGUGCUCGAUGUUGGAUAUGCAGACUGGUACAUCGCUUUUUUUUUUCCUUUUUUUUUUUUUGUUGUUGUUGGCACAACUAUAGCAUUCUAUCCAGACCUAGUGUUGUUUACACAUACUCUGGUGUUGGCAAACACUGCCAUUGAGGGUGUACGACUUUUUUUUUUAGAAAUAUUCACAUUUUUUAAUAGGGAAGCUCAGUGAAGACACAUGGAAAAAAAAUAGCUAAGUGCAGGUGUGCAGAAUGUGUGCAGAAGAAGUGCAGCUGCUGCCAGCACUGUGCUGGACAGCAUGCAUUUCAGCUCUGUGUAGCUUGCCUCGUGUGAUGACGAUCUUGCAGCUACGGCCUUACGUGCAACUACUUUUUCCUGCUUUCUGGGCGGCGGAGCAUUUUUCAGCCUUCGUUGUUCCGUGCAGCUUGUGAACGGACAUUCGGGCAGCCCAGUAUCGGCUUUUGUUUAUAUUUUUAUGCUCAACAUUGUCUUACGUUUAAUUCGUGAAUACUUUUACCGUUUUCUAUUUUUGUGUCGCGUACCAAUGGUUGUUUGUUGCCAAAGAUUUAGCCACAAGUAACGGGCUUCUUGUCCUGAAACCAAGUCAUAAUACGCCGUACAUUUUGAGCGGUUUACUUGCGCCUUGAUAUUCCCCACUGAAGUCUGUCAUAGAGCGUGAAGUUAUCGGGAAAGAAUAUCUUUCCUAAAUUUGGGGCGUAAAAAUUGGGUAGGUAAACAUGUGCUCUAAAUUAAUGGGAAUUCGGGUGGAAAAACUUCCAGUGCGCUAAAUUUGGGGAGAAAACGGGUUCCGUUACUCAAACUAACUCUACUGGUCUGGUGCAAACAGUGAUGUAACUGCAUUUGCUGCCAAGCAAGUCAGUGUGCAUUCCUACAGAUGUCUCAGCGACGGCAAUUUGCCGGGUAAAGAUCGGGUUAAACCCUGAAGCUUCAGGCUCUAGUCGUAAACCAGUGGGGCACAUUAGGAGUUAUCCUGUCCUGCUUUUAGAACCGAGCAAAGUUCAAGGAUGGACCCAGAUCUGCAGACAUCCAUCCUUUGUUCCUUUCAGUUAGAUGCAAGCCCUAUGUGAUAAUGAGCACUAAGAUAUCGGGUUAGGUUACAGCUUUGAUAGGAGUCUGGUUUACUUCUGGAUGAAUGGUCCAGUUGUGCAAAACAAGAAAGAGGAACUACAGCACCCGUUCAGGAAGAUAACAUGAUGUUGACAUAAUGUGGAGCAUAGAACAACAGUGCUGCAGGUGCAUGCAAGUGCAUUUGCAAUGCCUUUCUCUCAAUUCCUUCGAGACACCCCUCGGUAACGGAGCACAUCUGUUGGUAACGUUGGUCGGCGUAGCGGAGAGUUUGCUUCUAGUCGAUGAGCCACAACCGAGGUUGACCGUAAUAGAGCUGGGGGCACAGAAGGACCACCCCCAGGAACACAGAAUGCGAACUGAACUUUUCAACUUUUUGUGAACACACUGCUUUGUUUGAUCAAACCAAUUGGUUCAUUGUUCCUUGCAAUCAAAACCUCGCACAUACCUAUCUUCCCUGGCAAUGGAAACAUUGGCAGAAGAGCUGUACUUUUCUGUUUUAUCUUUCCUCCUCGCCCUCUGCUUCCAGUGUUGAUUGUUUACCUUAACCGCUUGAAUUACUGAAGCAAGUUAAGAUUCCCCAAAACUCUGAAGUCUGUGUGUGGAAGCUGCAAGUGCCCUGUGUGUGUGCACGUUCUGGAUAGAUAACUUCUCUCUGUCGACUCUUUCAUGAUGUGCCUUUUCUGGAAUCCAAUAGAGUGUCGUGUUUCGUUGUAGUCAGGAAACCAGGGCUUUUUGUCCUAACGAAUUGCAGGUUCUGUAAUGACUUUUCACUAUAUGAUGCAAUAACAUGAAUCAAUAAAGACUUUUGUAGUAAAAAAAACUGUA